UAAUGGCUACUAUCUCUCUGGACACACUCCGUAUGAUUUACGUGCCGUAACAUUAAUGUCCCGCUCUUUUGUCUCUCCAAAAGCCUGAGAAAAUUCGAUCUCUCCCUGUUUAUCUCUGUGUUUCUUGAAGUUGUAGACGCAAUGCAAGAGCAGGCAACAAGUUCCAUUGCGGCGAGUUCUCUGCCGUCAAGCAGUGAAAGAUCUUCGAGCUCCGCUCUUCAACUUGAAAUCAAAGAAGGCCUUGAGAGUGAUGAGGAGAUCAGGAGGGUUCCGGAGAUAGGUGGUGAAUCUGCAGGAACCUCAGCCUCGGGCCGAGACACCGGUUCAGUGGCCGGUCCAGACCGGGUUCAAGCCUCAGGGGAAGGUCAGAAGAAGAGAGGCCGAAGUCCAGCUGACAAGGAAAGCAAGCGGCUGAAGAGGUUGCUAAGGAAUAGAGUGUCAGCACAGCAAGCAAGGGAGAGGAAGAAGGCAUACUUGACUGAGUUGGAAACGAGGGUGAAAGAGUUGGAGAAGAAGAACUCUGAGCUUGAAGAGAGGCAGUCUACCUUGCAGAAUGAGAAUCAGAUGCUUAGACAUAUAUUGAAGAACACAACAGCAGGCAGGAAAGGAGGAAGUAGUGGUGCUAAUGGCCAUGAUGGGUCUUGAUGAGACAGAAAAUGAGAGCGGGAUUUGUAAGAGAACUAUAUAUUUUAUAAAUAUAUUGAGGGGAUGAGAGAGUGUACUUAUUAACCUUAGGUAUAUUGUGAGAUAUCAGGACGAGAAAAUAUUGACAUGCUUCAGCCUAGAUUAGUGUUCUCCUAAGGAUUUCUUCAUUUCUAUUAUGUAUUCUUACCACUUCUUCACUUCAAUAUGUAACUUCGGGUCUUAAAAAAAAAAAAAAAAUACAGGAGAUUUUCUGUAUUUUUUUU